GUCCAUAGCCAUUCCUUUGACCCUCUUCCCUUUUACAAAACCAUGCCGUCAUCUUGUUUUUCAUGUUGGUAAUUCAACCCACUCGUAGGACCAGAAAAAAGAAACAACAAAUAGUUUUCUACUAAUCAUGAUGGAGACAUGAACAACAACCUCAACAACGAGAAGAAGAACAAAAACCUUUGUUCUUUAGAGAAUUGUUCAUCAGCCACGAAUUCCAAGGUGUAUGUUUCUAUUUCUCUUCCCUUUUUCGAUUUUUUCAUAACUUAGCUCAAUUCAAAUCACAACACUUUUUAAUGAACUUUGUUUGAAUCUUUCUGGAAUCCGAUGAUCUUUUUUGUUUGUGCUAGGUUAAUCAUGUUUUGAUUUCUUGUUAAUUUAUAUCAGAUUCUUUCAUUCUUUCCUGCAUAUAAUAACUAUAUAUUCUUUUGUUAUUAUCUUUCAUUAUUAUACAAUAUACAAGUUCUAGCACUCACAAUUACAGUCACAGAUUCAAUUCAUUAUAGGAUCACUCUUUGAAUUUUCAUUGGAUUUGUUUGGAUUUUAUACAUUCAUCGGAUUCCUUUUUUUAUUAAUUAAUCACAAAUUGAAUUUCAAAGGAUUUUUUUUCACACACACUCACAUAGAUUCUCACAUCACACUGCAUUUUUCUCUUCAUGCAAAUUGAGUUUUAGUGAAAAAAACAAAAACAAAAACUAAUUUCUUUCUUCCAUACUUGAUCAUUGAGUUAUUACUAAAAUUGAGAGAAAAGGGAAGAGAAAAAAAGAAGCAGAAGCAAUUGGGGUGAGUGAAAAACAAAGGUUGCAAAAACGGUUAGACGAUGUUGGCUGGUUGUUCUAGCUCGACAUUGUUGUCACCAACUCACAGAUUAAGGAGUGAAGCAUCAUCAGCACAGUUUCAAGCUUGUCAUUUCCAGAUACCAUCAAUGAGCGCACAGAGAUUGGAUUUACCUUGUAGCUUCCCGAGGAAAGACGGUUCUUCGCGUUCGCAGCAGCAGUUGAGGCCCGCGGGAAUUUCGCUGGAGAAGCCUGAAGUCAAGAACAGCAACAACGGUAGUAGCGCGUGUUCUCUGCAGCAGAACAUUCGGUUGCCGCCUUUAGCAACAACAGCACAGACAUUGGGAGAGAUUAAGGAUGAGGAGUUUUGGGAGAAGGGUGGGAGGAGUUUGAAGAGGCUUGCAGAACAUGGAUCUUUGGAGGAGUCUUUUGCAAAUAGAGUUAAGAGGAAAAAGGGUAAUGGAGGUGAUGAGAAUUUUGAGGAAUCUGAAAGGGAUAGUUUCAGUUUGGCACAAUUUGGUGCUGGAAACUUUUGGUCUGUUCAUAGUUUUGGAGGUUUUAAUAACCCUUCACUUCCUUUCUCUUUGAAUUGUUCUGGAGAUGAGGAAAGGGUUUGUUUUGCUCCUGCUGAAGUGGUUUCUGCACCUUUGCCUUUGUCCAACAAUCCUUGGAUUGAAUCUGCUGUAACAACGAUCACCAAUUUCGGUGAGGGUAGCCACCAACAUCAACAUCAUCAUCAUCAUGUCAACGAAGGUUCAGUCUCCAAUGAUUCAUCAGAAAGCCAGAGUUUGAGCCUGAGGUUGAAUGAGAAUGCAUCAGAACAUGGAGAUGGUAAUGGUUCAGGGAAUCCUUAUCAGCAUGAAGGCACUGAAGUGGAGACAGGAGAAGAGGAUGAAGAAGAGGAGCAUCGCGGCUUUGAGCUUUUGAGCUUGCUUACCGGUUGUGUUGAUGCUAUUGGAUCAAGGAAUGUGGCCGCAAUCAACCAUUUCAUUGCGAAAUUGGGUGAUCUUGCAUCUCCAAGGGGAACUUCCAUAAGCCGAAUUUGUGCUUAUUUUACAGAAGCCUUAGCCAUCAGAGUCACCAGGCUUUGGCCUCAUGUUUUUCACAUCACUGCCACUUCUCGCGAUUUUGACAGGGUGGUGGAUGAUGAUGAAACUGUCACUGCGUUGAGGCUUCUAAACCAGGUUACCCCAAUUCCCAAGUUUCUCCAUUUCACAUCAAAUGAGAUGCUGCUGAGGGCUUUUGAAGGGAAAGAAAGGGUUCACAUUAUAGACUUUGACAUAAAGCAAGGACUUCAAUGGCCUGGCUUGUUCCAAAGUUUAGCUUCAAGGACUAAUCCUCCUAGCCAUAUUCGAAUAACGGGCGUGGGGGAAUCAAAGCAAGAGCUGAAUGAAACCGGAGACAGGCUUGCUGGUUUCGCCGAGGCUUUGAACCUUCCUUUUGAGUUUCAUCCAGUGGUGGACAGACUUGAAGAUGUGAGGCUUUGGAUGCUACAUGUGAAGGAACAUGAAACUGUGGCUGUGAACUGUGUUUUGCAGCUCCACAAGACCCUCCAUGAUGGCAGUGGAGGAGCAUUGAGAGACUUUUUGGGUCUCAUUCGCAGCACCAAUCCUACAAUUGUCGUUAUUGCAGAACAAGAAGCGGAACACAACGAGGCGAAGCUGGACUCAAGAGUCUGCAAUUCGUUGAAACAUUACUCGGCGCUGUUUGAUUCGAUUGAUCACAGUGGCCUUCCACUGGAGAGUCCAAUGAGGAUGAAGAUAGAGGAGAUGUUUGCUAGGGAGAUAAGGAACAUCAUUGCUUGUGAAGGAAGGGACAGGUUAGAGAGGCACCAGAGUUUUGGAAAUUGGAGGAAGAUGAUUGUGGAGCACGGAGGGUUCAGAUGCAUGGGAGUGACUGAGAGGGAAAUGAUUCAGAGCCAGUUUCUAUUGAAGAUGUAUUCUUGUGAUAACUACAAUAUUCAGAAGCAGGAUAAUGAAGGAGCAACAGCACUUACUUUGGGUUGGCUUGAUCAACCUCUCUAUACCGUAUCUUCUUGGGCACCGGUCGAUGUUGCUGGAAGCUCAUCCUCUUUUUCUCAGCCAGCUUGAUUGAUUCAUUGCCGCGCGGAUUUUAUUUACUUCAUUCAUACAUUGUUUUCGAAGACAGAUAUAUACAGAGACAAACAACAAAAGGGUAGGAAAAUUGUCAUUGUUAUUAUUAUUCUUUCAUUCUUUGUUGCAGAUAAGAUUUACUAGUUCAAAGAGUAGAGUUAGUGCAAUUUGUUUGUAUUAAUACAUCAAUACUAGUUUCUGUUGUUAAUUUUACAGUCAGAUUUCUAGAUAUACAUUUGAAGUCAAUUUCGACUCAUUAUUUCGUUGUUUAUGUACUCAUUCUAUAUGAAAGUGAAAUGAAAUUCAUUACAAUUCAUUAUUCA